ACAUAAGUAAAUUAGAUAGAUGUUUUGCAAUCGUAAUAUGUUUCCUAUCAUUGAUGACAGAUUAUAUUAUCUUUUCAGAUAUUGUACAAGUGUACUGAGCGAAAAAGAUGGACAAACUACGAAAAGCCUUGAGUGGUGAGGAACAGGAGGAAGAAGAAAGGGGAAAUAUCAUCACUCAGGAUGAGGACACGCCCCUAUUGCGUGUUGUCGACAGCUCCAACUUAAGCUGGAGUACGAGAGUAAAGGGCUUUGCCAUUUGCUUUGGGUUGGGGUUCCUGUUCUCCAUCCUUGGGUCUGCGUUGUUCUUCCUUCCUAAAGGUGUCAUUUUAUUCGGCAUCUUUUACACGCUGGGAAACAUAAUGGCUCUGUCAAGUACCUGCUUCCUUAUGGGGCCCAUGAAUCAACUGAAAAUGUUCUCAAAGACACGCAUUGUAGCCACCAUCAUCAUGUUUACUGCCCUGAUCUUGACUCUUGUGGCAGCAUUUGCUGUGAAGAAAAAAGCACUGACAUUACUCCUAGUGAUUAUUCAGUUUCUAGCAAUGACUUGGUACUCCUUGUCGUACAUACCCUAUGCAAGAGAUGCUGCAAGAAGUGGCUUUGGCUAG